AACAUGAAGGUCCUCCUGUUUUUCGGAUUGGUGGCUGUUGCCUUGGCUGACAACGCUCGCUUCGAGGGCGAGAAAGUCUUCCGUGUGAAGCCUGUUCACGAUGAACAUGUGACCUUCAUCAAGGAGCUGGCUAGCAGCAUUGAGGUCGACUUCUGGAGCCCCGAGAACGCCGAGCAGGUGGUUGCCGGCACCGAGGUGGACAUCCGUGUGCCUGCACGGUACCUGGAUAUGGCGUUCAUCAAGUUGCAGCAGAGCGACAUGGAGCACGAGGUUCUCAUUGAGGAUGUCCAGGCUGCCAUUGAUGGUCAGGCUGACAACGGACCCUCUCCCAAAGCCCACAGCUACACCAAGUACAACACCUUGAGCACUAUCGAGUCCUGGAUUAACACUGUUUCCACCUCCAACGCUAAUCUGAUCAGCAAGCAGAUCAUUGGAAAAAGCUAUGAGGGACGCUCCAUGCAUCUCCUCAAGCUUGGCAAGAAGUCCAGCUCUCAGAAGCCCGCUAUCUUCCUGGACUGUGGUAUCCACGCCAGAGAGUGGAUCUCUCCUGCUUUCUGCCAGUGGUUUGUCAACGAGGCUCUGACCACCUACGGCUCCGACUCUCAGAUGACCAGCCUGCUCGACCAGAUGGACGUCUUUGUCCUGCCUGUCUUCAACGUUGACGGCUACGACUACACCCACAAGAGCGACAGGAUGUGGAGAAAGACUCGCUCCAGGAAGUCUGGAUCCAGCUGUGUUGGAGCCGAUCCCAACAGGAACUUCGAUGCUGGCUGGUGCACCCUGGGAGCCUCCAGCUACCCCUGCAGCGACACCUACUGUGGAGCCUCCCCCGAGUCCGAGAUUGAGGUCAAGAAUGUGGCCAAUUUCAUCCGCGCGAACAAGUCCAUCAUCAAGGCCUACCUCACCAUCCACUCCUACUCUCAGCUGCUGCUCUUCCCCUACUCCUACACCUACGACCUGGCCGCCGACCACAACGAGCUGAUGAGCAUUGCUGAGGGAGCCUCCUCUGCCCUGCGUAGUCUGUAUGGCACCCGCUACACCAGUGGACCCGGAGCUACCACUAUCUACCCCGCUGCUGGAGGUUCUGAUGACUGGGCCUACGACCUGGGAGUGAAAUAUUCCUUCACCUUCGAGUUGCGUGACACUGGUCGUUAUGGCUUCCUGCUGCCCGAGUCUCAGAUCAAGCCCACAUGCGAGGAGACCAUGCUGGCCGUCAAGUACAUCGCCGCCUACGUGCAGAAGAACCUCUAUUAAAAAGCGGAACUGCCAGGACCCCUGCCAACUCGGCUCCUCUGCACCAGCCCCCAGCCCCUCCAACCUCUCAGCCAUCUCCUGCCCGUAUCCAUGGAUACGGGCACCACCCGCCAUGUUUCCUCACUGUGCUUGACAGAAUGUCAAGAUGAGUGCAAACAAUAAAAUCAAUGAUCCAUCCCCACA